UAAUUCCUUUACUCGCGACCAAUUUUAAACUACUUACAGAGACAACUAAUGCUUACCUCCCACAUUUCCGUUACUAAACGGCAUAUUCUAAAACUUGAUUAGUUUUGCAUAUUUUUAUUUGCACAGUUCAUUUCAAGCAUAAAAAAUUAUAAAAGUUCAACUUAUCACCAACACAAUAAAAAUAACGGAACCACAGCAGGGAUCCGCGGAUGUGGUUAGUUAAAGGCCGUCUAACAAUUUGAUACCGCUCUUCACUAAUAGAUAGCGUCUGAGCUCACGAUAUAACCGCGUAUUCUUCCUCUUCGCGGCAGUGCCUGAACGAUCGGUUUUUUCCUAGGCCAAAAAGAGACGACGCGAGAGUGAACUUUUUGUGACUCUUCCGAAACCGCGCAAGAAUCAAUUUAGUUGAACUGCGCUUGUCCGUCGCCCUCGUUCUAUAUGAAGCGGACGGAGAGGGAACGACCCCGCGCGGCGUGACGCAAUCGAACGCGACUCUCAUUUCCGCACAUGCCCGUGACGUUCCCCGGUGUGUCACAAAAACUCAAUCGUGGGAGGGGAUGAUUCCCGAGUUGACGGAAAGAAAACAUUGCCGUGUGCUGUGUAAUGGUAGUCCGGCGAUCGUUUAGUAACUUUUUUGGUGUUUCUUCGCGUCGGAAACCCGUAUGCACAAAACCCCGUCCUGAUGAAUGAACGCAGCGACGAAGCAUCUUCCUUUGCACGCUGCUGUUAAGUUUUUCUCAACGCGGCAACGGUUUCUUUGUGCCAGUUUAUUAAAAUCCAUCUAGGAUGCGUUAGUUCGCUAUGUCGGCCGAAUCGACUCACCUUUUCGCCUGAUUGUUUCCCGGGUGAAUGUUCGACAGUUCGAUUUCGUGUGUGCGCGUCGUGUGAGGGAUUAUUACGGCCAUAAUCAUGGAAACUCACAUCGACAAGGAAUCGGGGGCCUUGGGCGGUUUGUUCCAGCAGAUCAUCAUGGACAUGAAGAACGGUAUGCCUCUUUGGGAGGACCUCAUUGCGAAAGCUACAAAGUUACAUUCCUCGCUGAGGGCGACGAUCCUCGCGGUGACGGCCUAUUUGGACGCGUUCCAGAAGAUCGCGGACAGCGCGACCAACGCGCGAGGAGCUACGAGAGAAAUCGGAACUGCCCUAACAAGGAUUUGUUUGAGACACAAGGCAGUGGAGAACAGAAUGAAGCACUUUACGGGGGUGAUCAUGGAAUGCCUCAUCAUCCCUCUACAAGAAAAACUUGAGGAGUGGAGGAGGACGGUGCUGAAUUUGGACAAGGAACAUGCUCGUGAUUAUAAACGCGCGAGGGCGGAACUGAAGAAACGCUCGACUGACACCCUGCGGCUUCAAAAGAAGAUGCGCAAGGGGGCGGGCGGCGACGUUCAAAAACGUUUCGAGUGCGGUCUCCAGGACGUGACGGAGAGGCGGCAACUGCUUGAGGAGACGGAGAAACACGCGGUAAGGGCGGCCCUGAUCGAGGAGCGGGGCCGGUUCUGCGCCUUCGUCGGACUAUUGAAGCCGGUCGUCGACGAGGAAGUGGCGAUGAUGUCGGAGAUGUCCCAUCUGCAGGAAGCGGUCCAGCAGUUGGAGAAGCACGCGGGCGAUCCGACAACAUUGCCACCCGCAUCCGAACAGGUGAUCGCCGACCUGAAGAGUUCGGACAGCGGAUGGUCGUUUCAGACGCCGCCGUCGUCGCCGUCGAGCCUCGGCUCCCGGAAGUCGUCCAUGUGCUCGAUCAGCUCGCUGAACAGCUCGUCGUCGAGUAGCUCGAAGAGUCACUCGCCGAGCCAUCCCCACUGGCAAAGGUCGCUGUCCCAGCCUGUGGGCCGGUUAUGUGGCCCCGCGCGCGUUUUGUCGGUGUCUAGCCGGGACUCUGGGUUCACCUCGCAAGACACUCUGUAUCCCAGACCGCCUUCGUCUAUCAGCAUCAGCCAGGUCUCGAACAUGUCCGAACACAUUGGUCACACUGGAGGCGGCGGCGGCGGUAGUAGCUCGAGCACGCCUUGCACGCCGUUUCCCGCGGCCACCGUCCCCGUCGCCAAUACCGCGACGUGGCCUAAUCUGCAGGAAACGAUGCAGUUCGAGCGGGCGGCGUCCGCCAUUAUUGGCGACCGACCCCACACCAUAUCGUCGGCGUACGAAAAAGGUCACUCGAGGCCCCCGCUGACUGUCCACACGUUCCAGGCCCCUGAUCAGAGUCUGUCGCAGCCUGCGAGUCCCGUCGCGACGGACGCGGCACCCAAGAGUCCGGCCCUUUCGGCGAAGUCGCUGUCUAAACCGCCUCUGCCUACGCGUUGCUCUUCGCUCGAGCGACCAUCGGCUCCGCCCGGAGGCGUGCCCGCCAAAUCAAUCAUCGGGAUGCAGGGGGUGAGGGUAUUGCCGCCUGGCGCGACCGAACAGUUGGCGCUGCGCAAGAACCCUCCCUCCGCGUUGCCUGCCCACUUGUCGAAGGCGCAGCAGCAGCAGCAGCAACAGCCGACGUAUGUCAACAUGCACGAGCUGGCGAGUAUGGCCGCGCAGAAGGAGGCGUUCCCGCCUCCGCCCGCCGACUUCGUCAGUCCUCCCGAAAAGCCGGAGGGCGAGAAGGAAAGCAGCACCAGCGAGAGUUCACUGGAGUCGUCUAGUGGCUAUGGGAGCCAGACCGCGUUCAAUAUGGACGACCAGGCACAUGUUGAUGAUGUAAACGGGGCGGCUAGCAAGUACUGCACGUUGCCGCGUAACCACGAAGCGUUCAACGCGGCCCGGCGCCGCCCCCUCUCCAUGACCGCUAUGAACACGAUCGGGUCGAUGCGCGGUAGCCUUCUGCGCCGCGGCAGCAUGCAGACCAACAAACCGCCGCCGCCCAUCCGCCGCACGUCUUCCAUAACGAACGCGUCUGCUUCAAUGGGUAGCCUGGAGAACCUGCCGCCCCCGCCGGCGUUCCUGCUUGAGCCAGGACCGCAGCAACAGCAAAAGACUGCUACCCCCACCGGCGGCGUCAACGUGGCCGAAACGGUCAAAGCGCUGACAGAACUGAAACACACGCCGGCCAGUCCCAACUCGAUCCGCCGCACCUCGUCUCCUCAAAACACCUUCCAGCAGUCGCCACAGCAGCAACAGCAGCAGCUUUGCAGUUUCCAGCAGCAAACGGCGGUCCUGAGCACGUUCCAAGGUCAAACCAAAGUCGCGUAUUUGUCGCAGUCAGGGAGCGUGGUUUACGCGCAGCCGUCCGGCGGCAGUCCGAACGCCGUUCGACGCAUCACUAGUUUCCGAUCUCAGAGCGCCGACCGGAAGUCGGACGGUCCAAACAAGGUCGGCUCGAAUUUUAUCGCGUCGCUGAACGCGAAACUGGCGCCCAACCUGAGCCCGAGGGCGUCGCGGCGCAACUCGGAAGAUCGAGGCUGCGCACCCGCGGUUAAUAAGACUCCUGCGCAGCAGCAGCGCGGUCCAGGCCAGAGUUUUCUCGACUCGUUGAACGCUAGACUGGCACAGCAGCAUGCGGUCGUCGGUGGCGCCGCCAACGCCGCACAGCUAAAGGCCAACAAGAUCAGGCAGAUUAUUAAUAGUAAGGCGCAGGGCGGUCCACAAGAGGAAUUCUUUUAAUAUCCCGCCGGACCCGAAGGUGUGCCACGAGUCCCUGAUGGACCAGAUCAAGCGCGGCGCGACCUUGAAACGAGCCAAAAUCGUCAACGACCGCUCCGCCCCAAAAAUUUACUGAACUGAUUUAAGUCGACAAAUAAU